AUGAAAUUUGGUGUUUUAAUACUCUUUGUUAUUAGUUGUUCUGCACACCAAACAGCAGAACUAACCCCACUUUCAGACUGUACUAAAGGAAGAAUUACUUAUUAUGAUCAAUGGGCCAGUGGAGGAUCUUGUUCAUACGGUCCUCAAUCAACAAAUAUCGUUCCUGGGUAUAUGUUUGGAGCAGCUCCAAAUGAGGCAUUUUAUGAUGAAGCAAAGAAGUGUGGAAUUUGUUAUGAGAUGGUUGGUCCAUCAGGAACAUUAAGAUUUAGAAUUGAUAGUAGAUGUCCAGUUAAAGGAAAUGAAAAAUGUUGUAGUGGUGAUAUGUAUCAUUUUGAUAUGUCUGGGAAUGCUUAUCCUUAUGUGGAAACAUAUGGUGGAACACCAAAUGUUACAGUAAGAAUGGUUGCAUGUGAUUAUACUGGAAAUAUAAAAUUAAAAUCUAUGAAUGGAUCAAGUAAGUGGUGGUAUUCAGUUGUUAUUUAUGAACACACAUUAGGCAUUAAAUCAGUAGAAGUCAAAGACUCUACAAUGAAUGAUUUUAUUGUGUUAAAUAGAACUGAUUAUAAUACUUGGCCAUUUAAAAUUGAAGGAAAAGCUAUUGAAUUUCCAAUUACCUAUAAAAUUUAUUCUAUCAAUGAUGACUAUGUUAAAGCAACUGUUACUUCAGAUGAUAGUAAUCAAGUUACAGAAGCUGAUGGCAAUUUUAUUAUUCCUAAAGAUGUUUAUUUCGAUUUUAAUACUUUAGCUAAAAAACCUAAACCAGUUGAUGCCGUUGAGUGUUGUACUCUUUGGGAUGACUUUUCUAUAAUUUAUGAAGAAAAACAACUUGUUGGAGCUUAUAAUAAUUGGUCUCCAAAUGUUGAAGUUGACUUUAAAUACACCACAAAUCCUAAGACUGGAAAUUAUUGUGUAAAAGCUGUUUUUGAGAAAUGGGGAUGUUUACAAUUUGGAUUACUCAAUCCCGCACGUGCUGAUCAAUACUCUGCAAUUCAGUUCCAGAUGAAAACUGAUUUUGAAUGUAAUAACUGUUUCUUAUUUAAAGCUUUUAAAACACAAGAAAAUGGAAUGAGGUUAUCUACCAAAUCAGCUAAUGAAUGGACUUAUUUUAAAAUAUCUCUUAAAGAUUUAAAUGUUACUGAUAAUGAAUUCUGGGGCUUCUGGGGUCAAAACUAUGAAAAUCUCCCACACACCUUUUAUUUUGAUGAUAUCACUUUGAUUAGAGAUGAGAAUGCUCCUGAUGCAGGUCAGUGUUGGAGUAGUAAUAAUACUAGUGGAAGUUUAUCUAUUUUUAUCAUGGCCAUUGGAGUAUUGGUAUUGUUAUUAUUUUAA